AUGACGUGACAAAGAAACCGCGCGUUGAUUGGAUGGCCGUUGGAUGACAUCACUCAACACUCCUCAAUGAUUGGUUACUGUCUGUGUAUAGCUCGGCGCUGUACCUUUCAACAAUGUUCCUGUCCUGAAUAGAGUAACCGCGACCAGGUUCAGCCAUGGAUCUUGUGUUGAAUGUGGCCGACCACUACGUCUUCACGCCGUACGUGUACCCGGCGUCGUGGGCCGAGGACGGCGCCCUGCGGCAGAUCCUCAGCCUGUUGGUGGUGACCAACCUCGGGGCGGCGGCCCUCUACUUGAGCCUGGGGUCCCUCAGCUACUACUUCAUCUUUGACCACGACCUCAUGAAACAUCCGCAAUUCUUAGAGAAUCAGGUUCAGAGGGAGAUCAAAUAUGCAUUGACCUCUCUGCCGUGGAUCAGCAUUCCCACCGUCGCCUUGUUCUUCGCCGAAGUUCGAGGAUACAGUAAAGUGUACGACAAUGUCCACGACUCUCCGUUGGGGUGGACUGGGCUCUUCCUGAGUAUGAUCUCCUUCCUGCUUUUCACCGACAUGUGCAUUUAUUGGAUACAUCGCUUCCUACAUCAUAAACUAAUUUACAAGCUCUUUCACAAACCGCAUCACGUGUGGAAGAUCCCGACGCCGUUUGCUAGUCACGCCUUCCACCCAGUAGACGGCUUCAUGCAGGGGCUCCCGUACCACAUCUACCCGUUCUUCUUCCCGCUCCACAAGGUGCUCUACUUGGCCCUCUACGUCUUCGUCAACAUCUGGACCAUCUCCAUCCAUGACGGCGACUACCGCGUCCCCAGUGCUGUGACGGGCGUCAUCAAUGGAUCGGCGCACCACACCGACCACCACCUGUUCUUCGACUACAACUAUGGCCAAUACUUCACGUUGUGGGACCGCCUGGGCGGCUCCUACCGUCACCCGUCGGCUCUGAUGGGCAAGGGUCCCCACGAACUGAUCCGCAGGCUUCGGGCGGAGGGCAGGUUAGAUGGCGGCAAAGCGAAUGGACAGAGAGGAGUCAUGUGCAAAGAGGAGUAAAAAUUGCUUUUUCUGAAGACAAUCAGUCAAGACAAUCAGUAAUCCUUCGGAAAUCAUACAAUAAUUAGGGUUCUUGUACUUGCCACAUCAGGAGUUGCUGAGCAUGAUACGACCAGUUGUUGCCAUUUUAAAGUGGAUUUUGGCUUGUUAUUGGCCUUCCCUGUCUUGGUUAGCGUUUGAAAAGACUUUUAUAGGAUACAGAUUUAAGCAGACUGCAACUUUAAUCCUUGUUCUAGGUUCUGAAAAUGUACAGUACUGUACUGUGCUAAAGUGUUAGUCCACCA